GCGAGAGUAUAAAAGUCGCUGUAUGCUUCUCUGAUUCUCUCAAUUGAGUUUUGGCUGGAACCUGGUGCUUAUUAAUAUUUGAAUUAUAUCUCUCUACAACUGUGUCUAUCAUGUUUUCUGACGUAAUCAAGAAAAAUCAAUACAAUGAAAAGUUAAAUCCGUCCGCCGAGAAUGCAAGAUCGGAAGAGAACAAUAACAGAAAAAAGAGUAAAUGGAUUCCUAUCAAAAUCUUUUUCUCUCGUCAUAAACGCGCACCAUCAAGUACUAGUGCAGUACGGGAAAAGACAGAGCCAGAGAAUCUCGAACCGAUUGUAGAUGAGGAAGUGCUGCCAAGUUGUUACGUUCACCGUGAGAUGUCUCGAGAUACUACACCCAUUGAGUCCAAGUGCCGCACCAGUACCUCGUCACUACGUAGGAAGAAACGACCCGCCCCACAACCUUUCAGUCGCGAGGCGUCCUCUUCCUCAUUCACCGCUCUAUCGAUCAUGGAUCUCAGACGCCGAGACACAAUUGAGCUGGAAACUGUUGUCACCAUCACAACCAUAACGACGGCGACAAAUGAAGGGAAUGAGGUCGAUCAAUUGCCACUAGUCGAUUCAAGCGACGAGACCCACGACGAGAAGUCAUGACAUGAAAUUUUUGAACUGGAUUACCCCGCACGACCAAACACAAGCCAUCUUUCCCUUUGCUCCUUUAUCUCCGUGUUCAUUAAGUCGUGGCGUCUUGAAGUUUUUUUCUACUUGAAUAACGAUCUUCGUGAAAUAUCAA